GACCGACAUACAAUAAUGCCUCCAAAUUUUUUUGUUUCUCAUGCUUUGGAAGAAGGACAGGACUGGAGGGCAUUUAUGGCUGGUAUUGCUACAUACCCCAACUUCAUGGUUGCUUGGUGGGAUGUUGAUACGGUCUUAUUGCCGAUUCAUUCAUCCCCUAAUCAUUGGCUAUUUGGGGAACUACGAUUAGCGUCAAUGGAAGUGCAUAUUUAUGACAGUCUUGGUAGAGGUGCUUAUGAAAAAUUCCAAUCCGAAGGAAUCUUUUCCAAAUUUGAACGUCGGGUGGCAAAUUAUUUGGACAAGAUUAAGUAUUGGGCGCGGAGGAACAUCCCAAGGAUUCCAUUGAAUAUGCAAUUCAUUUAUGAAGAAAACGUUCCCCAACAAAGUAGUCAUUUGGGAGAUUGCGGUGUUUUUCUUUGUAUGUUUAUGGAGCAAUUGGUUUCAGGUCAACCAAUACGUGUUCUUAUUGACCCAAAGAACGCAGCUUUAGAGUUCCGUCUCCGGAUGGCAAAAAUUAUUUGGGGGUCUAGUCUUGCUCCUCUGUAGUUGGAUUAUAUAAAUGUAUAUACAAAUUAAUGUUGGAUUUCAUUAUUAGUUUAUCUUUAGAGUUUACUCAACGGAUGACAAAAAAUAUAACGUUACGACAAUUACAACAAUUUAAUGACCUACUAAUUACUUAUCAAUAAAUUCAACAUAAGAACGACCACAACAUUUGUUUUAACGUUACAAAUACAACAAUUUAUUGACCAAACAACUUCAAAACCAUAAAA